CGCACGCCACACAUUCCUGUUUCUCAGUACACGGGGAGCAGCCGGAGGGAGAGGAGGUGUGUGUUAUGGUGUGUGGCUCGGUGUGAGUGUUGACCUUAAGUAGCCAAGAUGGCCAGCUCGAACAAGGAUGAUUCGCUCCCUAUGGAGCAACGGGGCAGCCAAAUUGUCCAUGUGCGUGCUGACAGUGACAGCGAACUGCAGGCCUUGUUCGAGGUAGUGUUGAAGCCCUCGAGCCAAGUGCCCCUGCAGAAGCCCUUCAAGAUGCGCAAUCUGCCCGCAUCUUUCUUCACGCCCCCCGCCCACCGUCAGUCCCCGGCGCCCACCGUCACCCACUCUAGGGAGGGCUCUGCGGACUCCACCUACGGCGGGGGUGGCGUGGGCGGCAUAAGGGUGUCGGGCGCCAUAUCCCCCAACACCGCCCAUCAACACUUCCGCCACCACUCGUCGCCAGCAUCGCUGCAGCAGACCUUCGCUGUGGCCCAGCAGCAGCAGCAGCAGGUAGCUCACCUCAAGCAGCAGAGUUACGACUUAAACGACGACAUGGGUAGUCUUCCCCAAGGCUGGGAGCAAGCCAGGACUCCACAGGGACAAAUUUACUACCUCAAUGGAACCCACAUGCACACGUACAACCACCACCACCAUCACAACCACCACCACCACCACAACAACAACAAUCAUCACAAUCAUAUGACGGAGACGACGACGUGGGAAGACCCGCGGAAGACAGUGAUGAAGCAGCGGCAGCGGCAGCAGCAGCAGCAGCAACAGCAACAACAGCAGCAGCAACAACAGCAGCAGCAGCAGCCCCAGCCCCAGCCCCCUCACGUGACAGUGUCUCAGCCUGGCCCCCAGCCUCCGCCUUCCUCGCAGGCCAGUCCCCAGCAGGGUGUGGCGCUGCUCAACGGCAACCUGGGCCCACUUCCUGAGAGCUGGGAGCAGGCCGUCACUCCGGAAGGCGAGAUCUACUUCAUCAAUCACGAAGACAAGUCCACCUCCUGGUUCGACCCAAGACUACUUGGCCUGUCAUCGGGGUGUAGCGAUGUGUGCGUGGCUCGUCUCUCCAUACUUUGCCCGAGGAAGCGCUGUCGUAAAUGUCCGCCAGCGGCAGCAGCAACUCCGUCACCGCCAGCUCGACGACCGUACACCACCCGGCAUCUACAAACAGCAGCUCUGUUAAAUGGUGUGCAACCUCCACAACACUCUCAAGCAGGCUCACAGCCAACUGGGCAACAAGGACAGCAACAAGUAGUACCACAGCAAGUGAGUCAUCAGUUGCCUCCUAUUGCACCCACAGUGAGCUCUUCAACAGCAGCUCUGCAGGCCAGGCAACAAACACUACGGCUACAGCGCCUGCAGAUGGAACAUGAGAGACUGCUUCUCAGGCAGCAGGAGAUCAUUAAGACAGAACAAUCAUUGCGCAUGAGUCUACGAGAUGAAGUGGGACCACAACAGGUACAACAGUCACAACAGUCACAGCAGCAACAGCAGCAGACAGCACAAACAGUAGCCCAGCAGUCCACACAACAAACCUCUCAACAACAGCAGCAGCAAGGUAGUGAGCUGGUGCUGACUUCUGCUGGCCUGACUUUAUCCUCGGCCCCGCAGACAGUAACCCCAGUGACCACAUCUGUGACAUCCGCAGCUGAUCCUUUCAUCGCAACAACAGACUUUCACUCCAGGCAGGAGUCAGCAGAUAGUGGACUUGGCCUGGGGACCAACUACUCUCUCCCUCACACGCCAGAGGAUUUCCUGGCAUCUAUGGAGGAUGUUGAGAUCACGCCAUCUGAUGCUGAGAUGAAAACUUCUCCAGCAAACAACAUCCUUGAGGCACCUGAGCUUGAAUCAAUGGAUUCUGAAGAUCUUGUCCCAUCAAUACAGCUAAAUGAUGACCUGUCUACCGAUUUCCUAAAUGACAUGCUGGAGACGUCAAAAAUGGAUAAUCUUCCUACGUGGCUGUAGAGGGGAAAACAUGGAAAUGUGAAACAUAAAAAUAUGAAAUAAAAAAAAAGCUCAUGCUUAGUUAGUGGUGAGAAGACUAAUGCCUGGGGAAAAAAUAGCAUUACAUGUAGUGUUAAUUUGGUUUUUGUUUCCUGGUUACGUAAAAUGUACCUCUUGUGGCUUGAAUAGGCAGAAGGCAUUAUCAUUGUCUAUAAUGGAUAGACAGAAAAGUAUGCAAUCCUGCUUUAUGCAAAGAAGGCUUUUGUGAGAGGUAAAAAGGAAAAAAGCCAGGAUACAGGUAUCCAAAUUUAAUGUUUUAGUACCUCGUAGGUGGGAAUGAAUGUUGUGCAAGAAUAUACAGUGUGGUAAUGUGCAGUCUGAAUAUAUCAGAAACUGUGUAUGAAGUGAACAGUGGUACAACAAAAAAAGGCAGCAUUAAUGUAAAUGUGCAACUGUGUAUUUGCGUGUGAUACAGAAAGUACCAUGAACUUGGGCUCUCUACACCGGAUGGAUGCUUUGUUUUCACCUCUGAGGGAAAAUUAGCCACAAAAACCAGGCUGCAUGGAUCAUUUACAUAGUCUUGAAAUCAGAAGAAAAGUGAAUGAUUGAAGCUAUAAUUGAGUGAUAAAUGGGAAGUUUGAGAUACGCUGAUCCCAACACUGAUCUCGUACAGCUUCAACAAUAUAUUAGGCAAGAAUGCCCAAUUUUUGUAUGUGAUGGAUUAGUGCCUACAGACUACCAAGUUAUACUCUUAAUAUGUGGUGGUGGUUCCCUGUAUUGGGAACCUCCCAUGUAGGUUAAGUUCUGUUUUGUGAAUACCUUUUAGUGGUUUUAUCACGUGCAUUUAGGACUAUAUUUUUUGGAGGUGUAUCUCAUUGCCUCUAUCCUCUUCAUAUAUCAAGUGAUUCACUACCAAUCUUACCGUCCAGUUCUGCCUUGAUCAGUAAAAUAUUGCCAGACUUAAUCAUGUUACAGAAUAAUUAUAUUUAUUAAUGAUAGCUAAUUGUCAUGUAAAUAGUAUUUGAAGUUAUGUUCUUGUAUAAGAAAACUCAUUAUUGUAAUAUAAGUAAUAUAAAAAUAUUUACCUAAAAGGCAUUAAUUAAUUUUAGAUACAGGCAGCUGUUUUAAUACCGAAAAUGAAAUCUCCCAAAAAUUAAUGGGAAGCUAUCGAUUAUUUUGGACAAUGCACUCAGUGCUCCUUUUUAUUUGCAAGACAGUGGAGCAAUCUGUUGUUUGCAUUUUAUUUAGUUGAUUUUUUUUUUGGCUGUUAUGCUCCUUCCAUCUGCGGCUACCCUAGUUCCUGUCGUGUGAUCAUGUGCAGCAGUUUUUACAUCUUUUGGCCUCUAAAGCUUCUCUCAAUACAUGUAUAAUAAGUGCUAUACUUCACAUCUUAGAUAAAGGCUAUAUUUUCAGUCUUUUUCACAUCUAUUACCAUUACUCUUAUUUAGUCAUAAAUAAAAACGUGUACAAUACCUUUUAAUUCUCUUUGUAUACUUAUGCUUGUCUUGGAUUCAAGGCCUGACUGACUUCAUACUACAAUAAAAUUAAAUUUUUGAGGAUUCUUAUAAAAGCCUCGUCUGCAUAUCUGUGUAUGAUCAGUGAUCAUAACAUAUAUAUGGGGAGUUUUUAAACAGCCUUAAUUUAUCAUUGUGUAAGCUGAGGCAGUUUUCUUCAACUAUUAAGAUCUGAUGAAAAUCCUAUGUUGAUUCACAUUAAAUUAGUAUUGUAUCUUAAGUAGCCCAACUUUGUACUACUAAAAAUUAAAUGCACGAUGUUUGUCAAAUUGUUAAAGAUAUUUGAUCACCACUUUUCAUUUAACAUGACUAUGUAAUAUGCAGGGAGUCUGUUAUUGUUCUUAUUUGUUAGCACAGAUUUUAUAAUGGUUUUAGAGGUUUGUUAAAGUUUCAAAAGUUUCUUAUAAAGUAUUUUUGGUGCCUUAGAGGAAAUGAGGUGCCUUCUAGUGGCAGUAAAUGUAUGGCAGCUCAAUGAAGCAGGAACUAAGGUGAUAGCCAGUCAUGUUUUCCAGCCUUAGUUAAUAAACAAACACAGUUAAUGUACUUAAAGCAAUGACCAUAGUUUCCACUAGGUCUACCAGUCCUUUAAACCAACAAUCUUAAUUCAUCAAUCCCUAUGAUAUGUGACGUGGGUGGUUUCCUUGUUUCUUUUUUUAUUUCUUUUUUUUUGGGGGGGAGGGGAGGGGGCAGGUUUGUCUGCCCUGCAAUUGUGCCAGCAGUAGCUAGUUGGGAUGCUUCCAAUUCCCAAUUCUAAAUGGGAGUUGGAUAAUAUUUUUAAACAUAAGCCAUGUUCUGUAUCCCAUAAGGCACUCUGGUCACGUCAUCAGUAUUUCAAAUCCCCCCACAUCCAUCCGCAGUCUGCUCAAGUGAUUUACGGACGUCCCAAGUGCCUUUGUCUGCAGCUGUUUAGUGGCCAUUCAGCUCCUCCCUGGGUCAUUAAACUGGUCAAAGGUCAUGACCCAGGUCGUUAAGAGGUCACUUUGGCAGCUCCCAAGCCACAAAUAAAUAUGUGGCUGUAGGUUAAGUUUCAUGUUAAUUGUUAAGGCUGGACAAACACCAAGCGUUGACCACACACUUGGUGCUUGUUCUGGUAUUAUUAUCAUUAUCUUAUUAUUACUAUUAUUGCUCCAGUAGACAUGAAUUUUUAUUUUAUCAGGAAAUGUACAUGUUCAUUUUUUUUUUAUGUUCAUAGUAUGGUGUCUUUUGUGAUAUACAUCUAGCAUGCAAUGUUGUUUUUAGUUUGUCUUAUAGUGGCCAUAUUUGUUAGUUUUACAAUAACUAGUUAGACAGCAGCAAGGCUCUUGUUUUUCAAUCUUUUUAAUGUGGUGAAGGGUUCCUAGUAUAGAUUAAAAGAAAAAAUAUCACAGCUACCAAUAUUAUAUUCAUAUCAAACUUUCUUAGAAAAAUAAUCCAAUAAAGUUUUAUACUAGUAGAUUUAAGAGUAUAACCCGAGAGUUGACUUUAAUUUUCACAAGUCAUUUCAGGUUAUGUCCUUCCCAAUCUUUCUUGCACAAGUUUAUGAAGUUCAGUUACUCUACAUACCUCUGAAAAGCAAUGUAUUGAGUAUAAAACAAUUAAAUUUAAUUAUGUUCUAUCAAUUGAUCUCUUAGUCUCAAUAUAUUGUUUCAACCUGAGGACUUGUCUUUCCAUGAUCCUAGAGGUACUGAUUUCAUAAACUGAUACUUUUCAAUGUUGCCUUGCUUUAUAAGGUCCUGUCACAGUCCUAGCCAUUUUUUUUUUCACUGUACAGUAUAUGGGGGACUGUAAUGGGAAAUAACCCAUGUAACUAGGUAGGUAGCAAGUCAUUCCAGUUAAAGCAUGAAAGAUUUUGUGAACGUUUCUAGCUGAUCGCCUUCUUUUGUUCUGUUUGAUCAGCACACCGCCAUAUACAUCGAACUCUUUGCUAGGAAUUGUUCAACUAAUCUUCAUGCCACAACUGUACUCUUGCCCAACCCUGAUCUAUGGUAUUAGCUUAUGGCUCACAAAUGAUGGUGAAAUUUGACAAGUGUGACAAAAAUAGGAAACUAUUGUAGAUACCAACAGAAGUUACAUAUUAAAUUGUGGCUUGGUUACAACCAACUCUUUUUAAUGAUCACUGUAAACCAUUGCCAUAAGGACAUUUUGUUUUCCUUUUCUUGUCAUAAAUGUAAAUGCCACCAAAGUGCUUAUGAUGCAGGGGGUGAUGUAGCAUCCACUCCUCCAUGAAAUUAAGUGUAUGCUGAAGCAAUGUAAAUAAAUUUUAUCUUCAAAUGA